GGCGGAGCGGGGCUUCCCGGGCAUAGUCGCGGACGCUCGGGAGCCGCGGGGCCCGGGUCGCGGAAGAGUCUCUGUGGGGAGCCGGGGCCUGCGGGGUCAGCGCCGCGGACCGCACCGGGCGUGGGGCCGGGGAGAGGCGGAGGGUCAGUCGAGGGUCGGGCGCCCCAGGCCGGGGACCCCCCGGUGGGCGCGGAUACCGCUGGCCUCCUGCCCUUCGCGCAGGGGAGCGCGGCGGAGCGGCCUGGCUCGGGGAGGCCGCGCAGCCCCGCCCGGGCCCUGAGGAGGGUCCUCGCCCCCGACUCCGGCGGCCCCGCAGACCACCCGGCGCACCGGCUCCCGGGCCGCGCGUCCAGCCCUCGGGCGCUCGCGGGGCCAUCAGCGAGCGGUUCUCGGCUGCCCAAGCGAAGUUGCCGCGGGGAGGAGCGGCCUCCCCGCCCGGGCACAGGCGCGCACCCGGCUCCGAGACUGAAAACGACACGUUCUUAGCAUUUGUUUAAGAUUUCGAAGUGACGCACAGACACGUGCUCCCGAUUACACACGAGAGCGUCACCGCGAGGCUCGGCCGCCGCUCCAGGCCUUGCUCCUGCGGGCCGCGGGGCGUCCCCGCCCCCCGUGCUGUCGCCUGUCGCGUUCGCCGUGCCCGGAUCAGAGCCCGCGGCGCGCACGGGCAGGAGCCGCGUAACCGAGAGCGGCCGUGGCGUCCCUCGCGGGCGGCGCUCGGAUCCGCCGCAGGUGUCGUCUGCGUGUCCCUCGUGCUCGGGGGCGCCUCCCGCUGGCCUCCGUCUGACCCGGCGCCGGCCUCGGUUCCAGACGGAGGUCGAACAGCACCGGCCUCCGGGGCGGCCCCUUGGAUGGCGGGGACGCGGCACGUGCAUCACGACCCCAGGCGCGGAGUCGCCAGCUUUGGCCACCCCAAGCCUGGCAGCAGCCCGCCUCCGCCGGACCCCCUCCCGCCCGAGGCCCCCGCCCCCGGCCUGCCCUAGCAACCGUUGCUAAGGGGCGCGGCCCGCGCGGUGGGCGCCGGCCCCGCCGCUCACAUAGGGGCGUGUCCGAGUCAGCCCCGCCCCCGUUGCCACGGCGUCCGCGCCACAACCCCGCGGCGGGAAUAGCAGCCCGGCGGCGGAGAGCGCCCAGGGCCGAGCCCCCAGGCCCGGGCCAGCCGGGCCGACCCCUCAGGUGCUGCCUGGGGACACAUGCAACUUCCUUGCCCGGAUGCUUAACCCACAGCAGGAGAAGGCAGCUGCCUGCAGGUGGCCAGCCCAGACCCUCCAGCUCACAGCCCUGUGGGGCCUCAGAUGGGAAGGCCUGGAGCCAGCACUCCUUGCAUGGACCCUGACGGAUGGGCAGAAACACGGAGGAUGUUCCAGCGGGCAGGGGUUUAGAACCAAGGUGUGAAUGGACCCAGCCUCGGAUGGAUCCCAUGGUCCUCGGCCAAGCACGGCCAGCAUCCAGGUACGGGAGCUGAGCUGGCAGGGCCUGCACAACCCCUGCCCCCAGAGCAAGGGUCUAGGCAGCCAUGCAGGCAGCUGUGGAGAGCAAUUGGUGGAGGAGUACAUGUCCCCUGCCCGACUGCAGGCCCUGGCCCAGGUGGACGACCUUCGAUUGGUGAAGGUGUUGGAGAUGUGCGUCGAUACCCAUGAGAACAGCCUGGGGAACUUCGGGGUACACCUGCCCAACCUGAGCCAGCUGAGGUUGAACGGCAGCCGCCUGGGUUCCCUCAGAGACCUGGGCACCUCUUUGGGCCGCCUACAGGUUCUGUGGCUGGCUCGCUGUGGUCUGACUGACCUGGAUGGCAUCGCCUCCUUCCCAAAGCUGAAGGAACUCUACGUCUCCUAUAACAACAUCUCGGACCUGAGCCCGCUGUGCCUGCUCGAGCAGCUGGAGGUGCUGGACCUGGAGGGCAACAGCUUGGAGGACCUGGGGCAGGUGCGCUACCUGCAGCUGUGCCCGCGGCUAAACACGCUCACCCUGGAGGGCAACCUGGUGUGCCUGCGGCCUGCCCCUGGCCCCUCCAACAAGGUGCUCCAGGGCUACAACUACAGGGCGGAGGUGAGGAAGCUCAUCCCGCAGCUGCAGGUCCUGGAUGAGGUGCCAGCCACGCACACAGACCUGCCCGCCCCCCAGAAGCUGGACCAGGACUGGCUCAUGGUGAAGGAGGCCAUCAAGAAGGGCAGCAUCCUGGAUGGUGUCCUCCCCACGCUGGAUCGUCCCCUUGGAGCCCCCAUGUGGAGUUUGGACCCUGAGUUGUCCCUGUCUGAGACCCUGCCCCGGCUUCUCAGACCCUGGCCCCUUUCCCUUCUGGUCCCUGGGGGCCCGCUGCCUGAAGGCCUGCUUCCUGAGGACAUGGCCCCAGAAGACCACAGCAGCAACCUCACCCAUGGUGCAGGCCAAGUCCUCUGCGGGAACCCCACCAAAGGCCUUCGGGAGCAUAGGCACCAGUGCCAGGCCUGGGUGCCCCCAGAGCAGCUGUCUCCACACAGGCCAGAAGACCCGGUCACCAGCACCUCUACCCCAGGGCCCAACCCUGCAGACAUAUGUGACUUCCUGGCCUUGGCCAGGCUUCAGGCCUGGAGGGAGCUGGGCCUGCGCCACCUGGAGUCCCAGCAGGAAAGGGCUGCAGCCCCCUGGGCCCCACGGAGAGCCCCUGAAGAGCAAGAGGACCAAGCUGGGCCCAAGACUUCCCCCAGCCCCCCAAGCUUGGCCUCAGAGCCUUCCAGGACCUUGGGCUGUCACCUGAUCCCUUCUCCCCCCAAGCACCCAAUGCCACCCAAUUUGGGCACCAGCUCCCCCUGGAGGUCUGCCAACCUGCAGUCCAGGGGCCGCCGGCUCAGAGCCUUGGGCAGCCUGGGGCCUGGCCUGGGUGAGGGGUUGGCUGCAGUGACUGCCCUGAGAGGCCUGGAGGCAGCCUCAGGCUCAAGUCCUGGAGCCCAGGGAUGUCCAGGCCCACUGCCUGCUCUGGAUCCAGCAGCUAGACCCCCAGGCCUGCAGUGUCUGCACCACCUGAACCCUAUCACCCCAGCCCAUUCCCACCCUUAGUGUAGCCCUCUGCCACUGUGGAGCUAGCCUGCCUGGGGGCCGAGGGGAGCCCGAUGUGGACGCCAGCCUCACAAACCCCAGGGCAUCUGGGUGGGGGUGUGGGAAGUGGGCCUGGCCCGGGAGAGGCCUCUCCUGGGAGGCCUCAGCUGCCUACCCCUUCCAUGGGGCCUUGCUUUCCCAGGAGGACCUGUCAGAGGGGCAGGCCUGGAGGAGACCUCCCUGGCUAGGGUAGACCUAGCCAGGAGACCUCCCUGGCUGGGCAGAGGUGGCUGGCUCUGGGGCUGGAAUCCAUCCACCCUUUGUGAUCCCUCCAGUUGCCCCUGGGCUCUGAGCCACCCCCUCGGCUGCAGUGGCCAAGGGUCAAGGGGCUGGCGCUAGAUCGCCCAGGGCACAGCCUGGCCUCCCAUCCCUGGUGGAUUUGUGAGUUUCUCUGCACGGGGAUGGGGCUGCCAGUUGGUCCUCUUGGGGCAGGAUGCUCCAGAAACCAAGCGAAUCACUUUUGACUCUCGGGUGUACAGAUAAGCGGUUUACUUUGCAGGCAACGUUGGUUCAAUAAAUGGUGCAGGGCAGCGGCUGCUU